AAAUGCCCAUUGAUCAUCCCAGAACUCCACUUCAGAUGGCGUAGUUUACCAAGACCAGAUUCCUCGUGUUUACCCUGGAUCCCACAGACAAGGUGCUCUCCCGUGGAACAAAGCAAAAUGUAGUAACGACUACCUUUAUGCAGAUAAGCAGUUUCUGAAGACUGAAGGACCUGCUAAAGGGAACACCUGCUUUUGAGGUUGCAAAGGUGCUAAAGCAUGGCUGACUUGGAUCACAACCUCAGUCUUGCGGAUGCUCUGACAGAGCCACCUCCCGAGAUUGAGGAAGAAGUGAAAAGGGACUUCAUUGCCACUCUGGAAGCAGAGAAAUUUGAUGAUGUGGUUGGAGAAACAGUAGAUAAAACAGACUAUGUUCCUCUGCUUGAUGAUGAUGAUGCAAAAGCUGGGAGCCAGGAACCAAAAAGCAAACCCCAUGCAGAUGGUAUUCAGGUGGAACAUACUUCAGCUUCCGGGCCAACAGUAGUAGAAAAUGGUGACCAUGGAAUAGAAGAUCACCGCGCAGUAUUCCCAGGAGAAAUCAUGGAUGAAAAGCUGUCUUACAAAGAAUUUCUCGAUCAUAAUGACUCCUGGACAAUGGAUGACAGAGACCUGUGCUUUGAGUCACAGCCAGUAUUCAAACCCAUGGAGAUGGCUGACCCCUUCAGCAUGCACAGGGGGGAGAAUCUGCCUGAUUUUUCGUUUCCUACUGACAUGAAGAAUGUGCCGCUGUUCACGGACCAUGUUGAUGCUUCCAGAGACAUCCAUGCACCACAUGGAUCUAUGAUGAUACCUGAACAACCUUUCUUGGGGCCCCUGUAUUCUCCUGCAGAGGCUCUAGACCCAUCAGCCUUCAUUGGCCUGGAUUCAACUGCAGAAUUUCUGCAAGACAAAGCAGUGCCUGAAGAACAUUGGAUGGGAGCUCAGCAUGAUGUGAAGGGACCAGAUGCCUCUUUCUUUGUUGAGCCACCAGUGCCCCCCACGGUGACUGAAGCAAUAAAGCCGAAUUUGCCGGAAAGCCCUGCAGCAGUGGCUCCUGGUUUUGUUCCUACUGCAGUAACAGCAUCCCUAGGAGAGGCUGAAGCUACUGAUGGACCAAAAGAUGCAGCAUCAGCAGAUGCAGUGUGUGUUCCUGCCUUGGAUGUCAUGUCCGUUUCUGCAGAAAAAGCUGGGUCCGUUCUUGCAGGAGACACCAAGCCUCCUCAAACUCUGGAUGCUGGGUUUGCACCUACAGCAGAAGCUAACCCUCUUCAGGCUAUGGAUGCUGGGUUUGCACCUACAGCAGAAGCCAACCCUCUUCAGGCUAUGGAUGUUGGGUUUGCUCCUGCACCAGAAGCCAAGCCUCCUAAUGUUAUCAAUGAUGCAUCCGCCCCAGUGGCAGAUACUGGCUUCACCCCGGCAGCAGAUGCUAUGUCCCACUAUGCUACGGAUUUGGAGUUUGCCCCAGAAGAAGACGCAGGGUUUGCCCCAGCAGCAGAUGCAGAAUCUCACCAUGCUAUGGACUUUGCAUUUGCCCCAGCAGCAGAUGCGGAAUCUCACCAUGGUAUGGAUUUCGCAUUUGCCCCAGCAGCAGAUACUAAAUCUCAUCAUGCUAUGGAUUUCGCAUUUGCCCCAGCAGCAGAUGCAGAAUCUCACCAUGCUAUGGAUUUGGCGUUUGCCCCAGCAGCAGAUACUAAAUCACAUCAUGCUAUGGAUUCUGAGUUUGCACCAGCAGCAGAUGCAGAGUUUGCCCCUGCAGCAGAAGUCAACCAUCAUCAUGCUAUGCAUUCUGGGUUUGCUCCUGUAGCAGAAGCCAAGCCUCUUCCUGCCGUGGAUUCUGGGUUUGCCUCUGCAGAAGCUAAGUCUGUCUCUGUAGCUGACACCAAGGUUGCUGCAUCUGAAGAGCUGAUGACAUCUGAGUCUUCUCUUGAGCAAGACAAGUCACCCUUCGACAAGCCUCCUGCAGAAGCCACUGUAAACGUGGAACAAGAAUCAAAAGUCCCAGAAGCUUGUGUUGAUCUUUUAGAGAAAGCUAAAGACAGCAGACCACUGCCCAGCCACCAUGAAGAGCAUCUUCCAGAACAGACUAACCAUCUUUCAGAACCGGCAGUUCCAGUAGAAGCAAAAGAAGCCGUUGCACUAGAAAAUAAAGACCUCCUUCAAGAAAAAUCUGUUACUACUGUGGAUGUUAUUGUUACAGAGAAACAAAAGGAGGAGGCUGAACACAACCAUGUCCAACAUGCAGAAUCUCAGCAAGAAAAAACCCUGCAAGAGCCCACAGGUCUACCUACUGCACAAAUAAGGCAAGCUAACAAAUCAAGUGAACGCAGGUUUGGCAGAGCAAAACCUGCACCAGUGCCUAUUACAGAUGUACCAGAGGAACGUCUAAUAAUUAGUCUCCCACAACAGAAGAGUACUGACCCAAAAGUAGACCCCUAUUCUGUAGUGGAACUUGGAUGUGUUGCUGGAACAUCCCCUCGCACUAGGGUUUCACAUAAAAAGGCAGCUGAGCAGCCAUCCAGUGUGCUGUCGGAGUUUGUGGAGAGCUGCAGAGAUGUACCAAGGGAGAGCUGGCAUUUGGAAGGUUCUCUGGCCGUUGUGAAGAAAAAGAAAAAGAAACCAAAACAAAAGAGAAACCAGCUGCCAAGAACAAUGGAGUUCUGGGAUGAAAAUGUAACAGUCUCAAAAGCUCCUAGAAAUUCUCCAUUUGCUGUUGAAUUGCAAAAAACAGAUGUCUGUCCCGUAAUGCCUGCUGAAGCUCGCAAAGAGCAGUCAAUUGCCUCAGGAAGCAGAGUUUCACAUAUGCCAAAGGAUGCUAAAAUAAUAACUGGAAGUCAUAUCCUGGAUGAGCAAAAUGCCUUCUCAGUGCCAGCACCAGGACAGCAGGCCCAAAAGCCCAGCAUACCGUUAGAAUCUGUGUUGGAUGCAAAAAAUGGGGAUGUCGUUAAAACAGAAGGAAUGAGAGGUGACAGUUUGAUGUUGCAAUCUAAAGGCAAAAGAAAAGAGGUUCCCUUGCAGCAGGUAGGCAAGACUAAGGUGGGGGAAUCUGUUACAGCAAAGGUGCCAACCAAGCCUAUGGAAAGAGAUUUUCUUGAUAAAAAUGAGAAGAGGGAGUAUAAGGAGUCAAAAUGUGCUGACCUGAUGCCACCUCUUUCAGAAGCGAUCAAUCUAAGCAAAGUAGAAGCUGCUUUAGAGACCAAACCUUCGGAAUUGCUCCUUUCUGAUAAAGAUACGGAAGCUAAAUGCACAUCUCCCAGGUGUGAAGCAUUCAGUGACACUGUCCACCAUGAGCUUCAGACUUCCAGUGCGUCACUGGAAGAAGCAGCAAAGAAAAGAGGUAGUUGUGAAAAAAGCAAAGGGGUUGAAAAUGAAUCCCUCAAACAGCCUGCUCUUCUAGAGGCUGCGGCCCCAUCGGACAAGCUUCCUAACGAGCCAAAAGCAGCUGAUGGAACUAAAACAGUGUCGUCUGAUAAGCGCAUGGCUGUUGACUUCAGUAAUGCAGAGGGAGUAUUGAAGACUCCAACAGAUACUACUAAAACGCCUAUUACACCAUUAGUUUUACCAAAACCUGAGGAAGUUACUGCUUUGCAAAACAGAAAGGCUGACAGUUUUUCAGAGCAGCCAUUUCUUCUGUCAGUUAAGUCUGAUGCAACCAAACAUCCCGCCUCUGCUGAAGCAGUGGACAGAGUGAUGGUAGCAGAUUCCCCUGAUAAAAACAAAGGGAAAGGAUUUAUUACGGUAGAGCAGCAGACUGGAAAAGAUCCCAAUAUUGCACAUGGGAUGGACAGACCUAAAAAAAAGCGUGGUGAAGGGAAAGUAAAAAAAAUCAAAAGCUUCUCUGAGCAGAUGAUGCUUUCGGAGGAUGUAAGCAAACUUACUGAUGGAGUGAGGACAGAUGAGACUAUAAAAGAAACAACUUUCCCUGAUAAAGGCAGAGGUUUUACUGCAAGAGGACCUCUGUCAGUAAGCACUACACAUGCUUAUCCUGCAGACAAGCCAAAAAAAAGAGGUAGUGAUGGAAGAGGUAAAAAAGGUGAAAGAAGUUUUUUCCAGCAGCCUUUUCUUGAGAAUAAGAUGGACCCAAGUAGUUUUCCUGACAUAACUGAUAAAACUAAGGAAGUUAGUGAUAAAGGCAGAGAGAGGGGCUGUAUUACUGCUGAGUGUUUUCAGGAGAAUACAUCAAAUGUAACUAAAAUGCAAAGGUCAAUUGAACUGGUAACAGAGAAGCCUAAAGAAAGCGUUGGGAAAAAUGAAGUAGCUGAUUUGGGUGCUUUAGACCAACCAUUCCUGCUGGAGGGUAGGAGGGAGGAAGCAAAGCAUCUUGCUAUGGCUGACACGAUCAGCGAAACAAAAGAGGUAAAUUUGAUUAAUAAGGGCAAAGAGGCUGGAAUUACUUCUGUAAGUGAAUCAGUUCUGGUAAAUUCUGAUGCAACAGUGGUGGCAGACAAACCUAGAAAAAGGUGUAGUGAUGGGAGAAGAAAAAAACCUGAAAAAAGUCCUUUGGGGCAGGCAGCUGUCCUGGAUGCUGGGGUGGAAACAAGCAAUCUUUCAAGCAAAGAGAAGGUGGCUGGAAGCACAAAAGAAAUGACCUUUGAUAAAGAUAAGGUGUCUGGUUUUGAAAGAGAGCUUUUGCUGGAGAAUCUCACAGGUAUAACCAAAGAGGUGCUGGAAGAGCCUGAAAUACAGGGUGGCCACAGAAGAAGUUUCUCUGAUCAGCCGGUUCUUUCGGGUCAUAAAAUAGAAACAGCAGACCCAGAAAUAGUCAACACUAAAGAAACUUGGCCCUUGAAUAAAGUUAAGGAACUAGAUACAUCCAAGCCUCUCCCAGAGCACAGGACAGAUGCAGCUGUGGCACACAGUCCCACCAGGGAACGGGUGAUGGACAAGCCUAAGAAAAAAAGUAGAGACGUGAAAGGCAAAAAGGCUGAAAAUAGUCUUGAGCACUCUGUUGCACUGGGUCCAGGUAACAUCCCUGCAGUAGGUGAAGAGGUGGGAAAUAUUAAACAAACUCAGUCUUUCGAUAAAAGCAAAGAGACUAAUUCCAGUACUUCCGCAAGUCUGCUAGAUGACCUAACUGAUACUAUAAAAGUACAAGCUCCUGCUAUACCUCUGGAGCCAGAAAAAUCACACACAAGUAAUAAAGAGAAAUGCAAAAAGAUGGAGGUUAAUGUGCAGCAGCCAUGUCUUCUGGAGCAUAAAGCAGGUGCAGAGAUGUUUCCUCCUCGUGACAUGGAGAUAACUGACAAAGCUGAAGCAGAAAGUCCCACUCCUUGCAACAUGGGGGGUGGACUUCCUAUCGUAGAGCAUCCAGCAGUGGCAGAUCGCACUUCAGCCACAGUUACUGAUAGAUCUAAAAAGAGGGGUUAUGAUGGAAGUAGUAAAAAGGCUAAAAAUGCCUCUGAGCAGCCUGUUUUUCUAGACCCAAAAACAAACAGGAGAGAAGUACAGCCUCCCAUAGGAUCUGAGAUGGAAUAUGGAAUGGAAGACAUGGAUUUGGUAGAUGAAAACAGGAACAUUAAAAACUUUCCCAUUGGCCCUCAAAUGCUUUGGAAUAAUAAAGGAAGCGACUUUGAAUCCUUUGCUCAGACUGCAGUAACUGGCCCUGAUAACACUGGCAGUGUUUAUUCUGGCUUCCCAAAGCAGACAGAUGAGGGUGCAAGAAGUAAGGGGCUUCCUCCUCCUGAAGCGGUAGCAGAGAACAGCAGCAAAGAGCCUGGAUGUGGUGCUAAGAAGGAGAUACAGACGCAGAAAUCUUGCGAGCAGCUGAUCAAUCUGGGACACAAAGAGCCUGGAAAAGAGGUUUCAAAGAAAGAUGGUAAAACCGAAGAGGCUGGUUCCCAGGAUGGGAGUGAGGCAGAUAAACCACUUUCUUUGGACCGUUCGGUUAAACAGGACAUUAAAUCAAAGAAGGACGAAGUUCACCUUUCUCCUGUGGCAAAGGUGGAUGAUAAAGAAAUAAGAACAGCUGAUAAAAAGCAAAACAAUGACAGCGCUUCCUCAGACCUUCCUCAGAAGGUGGCAGAUUCAAAAAAUAGACCAGCUCCUGUAGGUGCCAAAGGGACAGAGAAACAAGAAGCAAUUGUCUCUUCUGGAGAGAAGGACACUGGCUGCGUUUCCCCAGAACCUGCAGCGAUACCAGAGAGCAAAGCAGGAGCAGCCAUGUCGCAGGUUGUGGCAGAAGCAUUAAUGGAGAAUAAAGCUGAAGAGGCUGAGUUGGAUGGAGACAAGAAGAGUGAGCAGAUCUCACUGAAGUACCCAGGCAGUUUGGGCAAUAAAGCGGUUGAAGCAGAGCCUGCUGGUUUAAAUCUGACAGCUGCUCAAACAACCAAAAUAAGUCCUGAAGAUAACAAUAAGGGUCGUUCUCAGCCUGCAGAAGAGGAUGCUGCUCGCAGUGGGGAAGCUCACCUGAAGGGUGCCCCAGUGUUGAAGCCUGAAGUAGAUAAACUUGAAGACACGACUAAAGAAAAAGAGGAAUGUGAACAAAAGGCCAUGAAGGAGGCAAAGAAAGAGAGAGUUAAAGCAGCAGAACAGAUAAAAGGCUACAUGAGACCCACAAAGUCAAGAGGGGUGCCAACUCUGCCAGCCAGGUCUGCUGCUCCAGACCGAGAGAAACAAAGGCAGCUGAAACCCACUGGUAUGAGCCAGCAGAGGCAAGAAAAAGCAAAACCAGAAGAGACCAAACCGGCUGAAGCUGUGACAGGGAAUGAUAUCACAGCACCUCCCAACAAAGAGCUUCCUCCCAGCCCUGAGAAGAAGACAAAGCCUGCUGCAUCCACAUCAUCUACAAAGCCUGCAGCAACGAAAGCCAGGCCCCUGUCCGCUACCAGCCCCAAGCGGCCAGCCUCUGCCACGCCUGGCCCAAACAAAAAACCCACGAGCCCUACUGCAGGUCCUACUUCAGCCACUACUACUAAACGCCCAGCCACCAGUACUACACGUCCCUCCACCUUAACUCCAAAAGAGACCAAACCAAAGGUUGCAGAUGCGAAGACCACAGAUAAACGGACCUCACUUUCAAAGACUCCGUCAUCUGCCACUCCUAGAACUACUGUCAGGAGCUCCCCUUCUACUCCUAGGACAACGGCGGCAUCGCCAGUCACUGCAGCUGCUGGUGCAAAAAAUACUGCUACUUCUCCACCGAAGAGGCCAACAUCUAUCAAGACUGAUGCAAAGCCUGCAGAUGCCAAGAAGACCUCUGCAAAGUCACCAUCAGCCGACUUGAGCCGCCCUAAGAGUGCUACUGGAAAUACAGUAAAAAGUAGUGCCACCACUCCUUCUACCACUGCCUCCAGCGCACCUACUUUACCUGGAGUAGCCACCAGUCGUCCCAAAACCAAGCCUGCUGCAACCAAACCCACCACAACCUCAACCGCAACAGCAGAUGCUAAAAAAACAACUGCUAAGGCUCCGACUAAACCCAGCACUGUUUCCAAGCCACCUCGCCCGACCAGCAGCAUUUCUGCUCCAGAUCUGAAAAAUGUACGUUCCAAAAUUGGAUCAACGGAUAAUAUUAAACAUCAGCCUGGUGGAGGAAAGGGGAAAAUAGAGAAAAAGCCAGAAUCAGCCGCUGCUGCACGAAAGUCUGAACCCAAUGCGGUCUCUAAAAUGGCUACUACUAAAACAACCGUAUCAAAAGAGGGUGCCCCAAAACAGCCCAAUGGGAAAGUCCAGAUAGUCUCCAAAAAAGCGAACUACAGCCAUGUUCAGUCCAAGUGUGGUUCCAAGGACAAUAUUAAGCAUGUCCCUGGAGGUGGGAAUGUGCAGAUCCAGAACAAGAAAGUUGACCUUUCCAAAGUGUCCUCGAAGUGUGGCUCUAAAGCAAAUAUCAAGCAUAAGCCAGGGGGAGGAGAUGUCAAAAUUGAGAACCAGAAGCUGAACUUCAAGGAGAAGGCCCAAGCCAAAGUGGGUUCUCUGGACAACGUGGGACACUUACCAGCAGGAGGAACCGUGAAGGCUGAGGGGAGCGUGGAGCCAGGGCAGCUCCCGCCAGCCCCUCAGAACGGAGAGGUGACAGCGGCCCAGGCAGGCAGUGAGAUGCGGGAGAAUGGCGUAGGGCCGGCAGUGCCCACUGCCCUGAGCGGUGGUGACCAAAGGGAAAUUCAGAGCUUCGAGACUCAGAUACAAGAAACAAGCAUCUAAUGAUGACAUUAUGAUUGAAUCUCACAAGCUGACGUUCCGUGAGAAGGCCAAGGCUCGAACAGACCACGGAGCGGAAAUCGUCGUCUCCAAACCCCCCAACCUUUCCAGCAGCACUUCCCCCUGGCGUAGCACAUCCGUCAGCGAGAGCCUGGGCUCAGUCGCCUCCUUGUCACCGCUGCAACAGCCAGCUCCCCUUGCAGCGCUUUCUCAGCAAGGCUUGUGACCCCUCCCAGCCCCGACUCCCACGUGCUCCCCAGAGUAACGCAGCUUGGCUCUCUUAACUCAGCGUCUGGCUUUAGAUGGGAAGGGGACAGUGUUUAGCAGGGCUAGCGUCCCUUUCGGCCGCUCUGACUCCUCGAAGCAUCCUGGAGGCUCGCCCCUGCCCGAGCGUGCCGGGCUCUGGUGGUCCCUCUUUGGCUGGAAGGGGCUUCCUUCCCUCUCCGCGCCUUGUCCCUUUUGCUUUUAAGGGGAUGCUAGAGUGAGUGUUAGUGUCGUGUUUCGGGGACGGGCAUCUAGUGACUUCCAGGCUGUGUCUCGCUGUCUCGAGCAGUGGGGAGAUGCACACCGAGCCUGGGCGGCGGGUGGCUGGGUAGGAGCAGGCCUACGCUGCUGGUGGCUGAAGCCAGGCCGGAGUUAAUAGGGAUAAGCUGUGAUCUUUCUGUCUUUUUUUUAAAAAAAAGAAACGACCUUUUCCUCCUUGCCGCUUCAGUUUCUGCUGAUCCUGUUUGAUGAUGAUAUAUAUUAUACGCACGUUAGGCUAUUUUAACUGUUGACUUUAACCUUUUAUUCUUUGUGACGAUGUGUUGAUGAUUUAUCGUGCUACAAACCCAUGCUAAGUUUCCUUUUCUCUUUCCUUCUUUUCCUAACCGUAGGAGAGUAGAGACAUUAACCGCUGCUGCAGUGCUGGCUUCUUACUGACAUAUCCAGCAAUUGUAACUUUUUUGUUGUUGGGGUUUUUUUAAAUAUUUUAAAAAGAUGGAGCAAAUUCAUGGGAUUAAGCCACGUCUGAAAUGAAAGGCACAAGACUGUGUUAAAGGAAAACUUGCUGUAACAGAUCAGAUGAAGCCUGUGUUGACUGCAACGAGACGUGUUGAAUCGAUGCUUGGAAAACCUCCUGUAGGGCCAAACCGCCAGCCCUGGAGGAUGCCUAGGACCUUCUGUGCAUUAGCAAGGCAAAGCCGGCUUAUUUCUUAACUUGCACAGCCAAAGCCCUGGGAUUUAUCUUUUUUCGGCCAGGGCCUGAGGUCUGGAGGAAAGGCAGGAGGCUGCUUUCACGGUGGAGUUGCAGGUUAACACAGGCCAUGAGUUCCAAGGCAAAAGCAGGUUUGUGGUGUGUGUGUGUGUUGUUUUAACAGAGGCUGAUGUAUGGGUAACCGUAUUGUCAGGCUGAGCAAGUCUGGUGGGAGGCCAAGAUGGGAAAGGCCACCUCUCAUCCAGGGUGUGAGGCAGGGGUAGCAGAAUGUCUGUGGAGGGCUGAGAGGGAGGCAGAGCCCUUGGCUGGGGCAGGGGAGGCAGGUUUCUAAUGCCAGGGAGUUGCAGCUCUGACUAGGAAGGAGAUUUACGUACUCCUUGAGGUGUGAGCUCCUCGUUUCAUGUUGCAAAUGACACUAAAGAAAUGAAAUGUAAAUAAAUUAAAAAAAAAAAAGGGGUUUUGGGUGGGUAAACC